CGCUGAGGAGCUGCUGACUGCAGUCAGUGUAAACAAGGGAGAGAAAGAGACAGCUGUCCAGGGAGAGACAGUCACUGACCAUAGAGAGCAGAGACAGCACACCCAUAACUGCAGCCAGGGGAAUUCUGAGAGACUGCAGAGAGAGAGAGGGGGUUGGACACUACACAGAGAGAGAGAGAGAGAGAGAGCACUGCUGGGAACUCUAUACAGAGGGACAUUCAUUAUUAGAGAGAGUACAGAGGCUUAGAGACUGCUGGGAACUCUACACAGAGGGACAUUCAUUAUUAGAGAGAGUACAGAGGCUUAGAGACUGCUGGGAAUUAUACCCAGGGGGACAGUCAUUAAUUAUUAGAGAGACUACAGGGACUGGGGAAGAGACAGCGCUGCAGGGAGCAAGGGACUAAGAGAGUGCUCAAAAUAUACUGCUAGAGACAGCUAUAGCGAGACACCCUAAACAGUAACCGCAAGGUGACAGAUAUGAGACAGCACAGGGGAUAGAGUACAGCAAGGGGCUACGAGAGUGCUCUGCUGGAGAGAGAGAGACAUCCUGGUGACAGAUAAGAAACAAGUCUGAGAGUGCUGGGAAGAGUCCAUGUGACGGCAAACAGAAGACAUGUCGUACUAGGGGUCCAGGACCGGACACCAGAAUGAGACAGCCGGAGUCAGUAGACUAGACCGAGAGACCGCACACAUCCCAGGAAGAGAAUGAGACGUCAGAGAGGGACUUUAAACAUGGCAGAAACAUGCCGCCUGGCAGUGCCAACACUCUUCUUCUUUGUGCCCCUCCUGCUGUGGUUGGCGGACCCCACGCACGGAUACAAGCCGGUUAUCUUAGUUCAUGGCCUUUUUGACAGUUCUGCCAACUUCAAAUAUCUGGUGGAGUUCAUCAACAAGUCUCACCCGGGCACCAAUAUCUCCGUGCUGGACUUGUUUGACCACAGGGCGAGUCUGCAGCCCCUCUGGAAACAAGUGAUGGGAUUCCGGGAGGCCAUCUACCCCAUAAUGCAGAAUGCGGGAAAGGACGGCGUGCACCUGCUGUGCUAUUCACAAGGAGGACUGAUCUGUCGGGGGCUCUUGGAGACGAUACCAGACCACAACGUGGACACCUUCAUCUCGUUGUCUUCUCCUCAGAUGGGACAGUAUGGAGACACGGAUUAUCUGCGCUAUCUGUUCCCCACAUAUGUGAAAGCCAAUCUGUACAGGUUCUGCUACACGCAGUUCGGUCAGAGCAUCUCCAUCUGCAAUUUCUGGAACGAUCCACAUCACCACGACAUGUACAUCAAUAGCAGCGACUUCUUAGCGCCUAUAAACUCGGAGCGACCAGAACUGAACACAACAGAAUGGAAGAAAAACUUCCUGCGUCUACGCAAGUUGGUCCUUAUUGGCGGUCCCAGUGAUGGCGUCAUCACCCCCUGGGAGUCCAGCCACUUUGGAUUCUAUGACGAGAACGAGACGGUUGUAGAAUUGCAACAGCAGCAGGUCUACCAGGACGACACUUUCGGUCUCCGAACAUUGGAUAAGAGAGGCGCCAUCGCUGUGUACUCUGUCCCGGACGUCGUUCACACCAUGUGGCACUCCAACGAGACCGUCUUCAAGGAAUGCAUCGAGAAGUGGCUCACUUAAUGUCGCUGCGCUGAGGGGUUCCGUUACACUUCGCAGACUGACCCGGACUCGUGACACCUCCUGUCCGCCGCAGUCCUCCCCUGCCUUACUCCACCCCAGGCCUCUCAUGAACUAUAGGCCAUCGGCCUCCAUUAUGUAGGGUACCGUUAUACCCCCCUAAACCUGACUUUUCGGAAGGUAGAAUGCUGUUUUCUGUUUGUACCCUUUUCUAAUAAUGGAAAAUUUAAUUUUGGGAAAACAUUUGCACAACAGGGAGGGUGAAGUCCAAACAGGGAUCCUCUACCUCUGCACCUCCAACCCACUGCUGUCACAUUAUGGGCUAACAGGGUGCUUCUUAUGGUACUUUCAUGGCAGCGUCUGCUCACCCCCUGGACUUUGGGGUGUUUAUGGUACACCAUACUUGGCGCUUACAUACUGUAGAGGUAGGUAGACAGUCUGUUCCCAUUGCUCCAGUGUGUAUAAGAUCGGGUAGCUUCGCGAUCGGAGCUCUGCCGUUUCGCGUAUGCAGCCCCGGCUUAGAGGGGUCGGAUGCGAUGGCGUAAAAACACAUAACUUCAGGAUCGGAUUACACAGAGACGCAUAGCUUUGCGUAGGAGCUGUAUACACAGAACUAAAGGGAACUAAACAACCGGCAUGCUGUUAAUGGAGCUGGGGUUUAGGUUCCCAUACCUGCCCAUAGGAAACCAGCCUGUCCAUGCAAAGUAUAGUAAACGAAGAGUCCAGGACUCCUCUGGGUGCCCAGUGAAGUGAGGUGAACCAUCCUAUGCUGCCAAUGCGCCUAAUGCCUCUGAAGAAGAGUCCUGGUCUUAGGGACCCUCAACCCCAUUUGCUUAACGAAGUGGCUCCAAACCGAGAGACAGGUGCCCUUUAAAUCAAGACUGAUGGUAGAUGCGCCGGGGGAUUAGGUGGACGGGUCGCAGACAUGCCCGCAGGGGAUGCUCGGGCAACCUGCAGCGCUGCCUCCUCCGCAGUAUGUAAGUAGGUGAACGGGAGCUGAGAUAUUCAUGUGUUUGCUGCAAAAAAAAAAAGCCGUCAUCAAUGCAAUGUCCCCUCCGCUCAAUGGACGUUGGGGGCAGCAAUUUUUUUUAUACCUUUCUUAAAAAGUUCAGUCAGGUUCGUGCUUUCACAAGACUGGACCGGGAAGCUCAGGACGCGGGUUAUUGAUGUAUUUCUAAUCCUUGAAGACGGCGCACCGAAGGCACAAGAGCUGACACUCCGGGACAUGUGUCAGCCAGGAUACGUCAGGGAGUUUACUGCCCAGUUAGACUUGUAAUAAAUGUGUUUUUUCUGCUUUUUUUAUGGCUGUUUGUUGUGUUCAAUAAAACAUUUCUGCAAUGAA